GGUUAAGCUGUCAACAAGUCAAAAAUCUCGCUAGCAUUAUUUUAACAACACAUUGAGGAUAUUUUUUUAAAAACCAAAUUUUUUUCUUAUUCAUUUUAUCGGAAAUAUCAAUUUUAUGUUAACAUUGCCAGACAAACUAAUUUGUCAUCUGGGUUUAUUUUCUUAAGCGUAGUAAAAAUGUGAACAAAAUGGUUCAAAUCAAAACAUGAGAUAUUGAUGUGAUUUUGUAAAAAAAAGUAUAUCUACCCCUGUCACGAUGGAGAAUCUGAAAGUGUAUUUAGCGGUUUUACUCCUUUUUGUGUGCUGCACGUCUGUCACAGGCUUAUAUUGUCUUUGUGAAGAUGAAAUGUGUCCAGAAUCAAAAACAUGCAUUACAGAUGGUGCCUGUUUUACAUCAAUUUAUAAAAAAGAAGGCAAGGAAAUAUAUAAAUUCAAUUGUAUAGAUAACUCUGAAAGCUUGACACCAGGAGCUCCUUACUUAUGUCAGAACACAAGAGUUAUGGCCCUUACAUACACUGAAUGCUGUUAUACUGAUAUGUGUAACAAAUUUGUUUUACCAACAAUGAAAACAGUAACAGCUAUGGAAGAAAAAGAAGACAACAGUAAGACAGAGCUUGGAAUAUGGGAGUUGGUUGCUAUAACAGCUGGACCGGUUGUUCUGCUGUGUGUGGUGUUUGUGUUCAUCUUCAUAAUGUACCACAGAUACCAGCACAAAAAACAGACUCAGUUCCAUCCGGUAGAGCCGAAUCCGAUCGAUACCCCGUUGCUACCGGACGGACAACCGAGCACCCUGACAGAGAUGAUGAUGGACUACUCUGGGUCUGGUUCAGGUUUACCGUUGUUGGUUCAGAGAACAAUUGCCCGACAGAUACAGUUGGUGGAAAUCCUGGGUAAGGGUAGAUAUGGUGAAGUGUGGAUGGGCAAGUGGAAAGGUGAGAGUGUGGCGGUGAAGAUAUUUUCAUCACGUGAUGAGAGGUCAUGGUUCCGUGAGGCGGAAAUUUACCAGACAGUGAUGUUACGACAUGACAACAUACUUGGAUUCAUUGCAGCUGACAAUAAAGAUAAUGGUACAUGGACACAGUUAUGGUUAGUGACGGAUCACCAUGAGCAUGGUUCACUGUACGACUACCUGAACCGGACACCGGUCAGCCCUCAAGCCAUGGUCAAAAUGUCCAUGUCUAUAGCCUGUGGUCUGGCUCACUUGCAUACAGAAAUCAUGGGCACUCAAGGAAAGCCGGCUAUUGCACACAGAGAUCUAAAAAGUAAAAAUAUCUUAGUGAAAAAUAAUGGGCAGUGUUGCAUUGCAGAUUUAGGUUUGGCCGUUCGUCAUGAUUCAGCCAAAGAUGCCGUAGACAUUGCUCCAAAUAAUCGUGUCGGCACAAAACGUUACAUGGCGCCGGAAGUCCUAGAUGAAACUAUCAACAUGAAUCACUUCGAGUCUUUCAAGAGGGCUGAUGUAUACUCGUUUGGUUUAGUAUUGUGGGAGAUAGCCAGAAGAUGUUCAAUCGGAGGUAUAUUUGAGGAUUAUCAGCAGCCAUAUUACAACAUGGUACCUCCAGAUCCAUAUUUGGAUGAGAUGAAGAAGGUUGUGUGUACUGAGAAACGUCGACCUGACAUACCUAAUAGAUGGCAGGGACAAGAGGCAUUGAGGGUCAUGGCUAGAAUCAUGAAAGAAUGCUGGUACCACAAUGCUGCAGCUCGACUCACAGCGUUACGUAUCAAAAAGACACUAAGCAGCCUCAAUACACAGAGUGACGUUAAACUGAUGGUCGAGACUGGUCUUGAGCCUGUUUAAAUACCUCCACUUACUCUUAUCUUCUUGUUAUAAUGUUGCCAUUAAGUCGAAAUUUUUGUGGUGUUGUGUACAGUUACCAUGGAAACAUGACAUGGAAAAUAUACCAUGGAAUCGGUGAUUAAUUGUUUCCAUGACAACAGUGAUUAUGUGUUUCCAUGGAAACAGUGAAUUGUUCUAUCCAUGAAAACACUGUCCAUGGAAACACCAUUAAAUAGUAAUUUAGUGUAUCCAUGGAAAUGGUGAAUUUAGUAUAUCCAUGGAAUUAGUGACUUGGUGUAUCCAUGGAAACAGUGAUUAUUUUUUUUUAGUAUAUCCAUGGAAACAUUGAUUUUGGUGUAUCCAUGAAAAAAGUGACUUGGUGUAUCCAUGGAAACAGUGACUUAGUGUAUCCAUGGAAACAGUGAUUCUGAUGUAUCCAUGGAAAUUGUGACUUAGUGUAUUCAUGGCAAAAGUGAUGAGAACAGCGAUUUAGCUAAUUCUUUGAAACACCGAUUUAGUUACUAUGUCGACAAUAUUAUAAAAGGGCUUUGGAAAUCAGAGUUUUAUUACCACAGUAAUUACCAUAGUAACACUUAUUUGUUUGUUUUUUUUUAUAGAAUCACUGUUGAUUUAACAUUGAUUAAGUUUAAACUUUUGUGGAUAUUUGCAAAUAAAUAAUCCAUUUAACAUUUACUUUUUGUUGCUGAUACGGAAGGCAUAAAAUAUUUUAGGAAAUGAGCAAUUUGAAAUUCUAACAAAAAGAAAGAAUUUUGAACUUUGAAGAUCACAAAUUUUAUGAUAAUGUUUUUGUUAGGACAUCUGCAAUUUGUAAAACCCCUUUCAGAUUGAUAUUUAAGUUAAAGAUAUGUGUUAAACCCCUUAAAUUUGAAAAAUGAAAAUUACCUAUGUGAAUAUUUUAGUCCUUAUUAAAGGGUAUGAAGCUAUAUCAAUGAAAUAUUUUUGUAAAAUGUAACGGUGAAAUUAUGUUGUUUCCAUUGUUGUAAGAUAGAAUGUCUCUGUUAUUAAAAUACAUGAAAAUUGUACAUAAACAGAAUACAGUGUUUCGGAAGAAAAUAUUAUUCUGCUAUUUUAAGUAGAAUUUUUACCAUUUAGCACAUAGAUUCAGUUUCAAGAAUAUAAAUAUCUGUCAUAUUUGCGGUUGGGAUUGGAAUAUCUGUCCCGAGGUGACCCACCCAUUGGACGAUAACAAGGCUUGCCGAGUUACCGCCCAUGGGCAGGUGGCUGAGGGAUGGAUAUUCCAAUCCGAACCGCAAACACAUGUCAGAUAUUUUUUCUUGCAUAUUCUACCAUAUUCCAUUACAUUUUAAAUUCUUUAUCUUUAAUUAUAAUGGAAAUUUAUAUCAUUACAACCGUAACUACUUUCUUACAACAGCGUAUGAAUUACAACUUCAUUCAUAACGGUAAAAUGACGUCAUCCUACGCGUGCCAUUGUACAGCACGCGACUCAUCUGGCACGCCCCAUGCCAGAUGAAAUUUCCGGCAUGGGUAAAAUUCACGGAAAUGCCAGUCUGAUAUGCAAGAAAUAAAAUUCUGCUAUUAUAAGUUAUAUUUUUACCAUUAAGUACAUGAUACAAUCAGUUUUAAUGAAUAAACAAACAUAUUUCUUUCAUGUAGAUAUUUUAGGUUUAGAAUCAUUCUUUUUGUUAAAAUUCAGACAAUUGUUUAUUAUCUACAGGCAUCAGUUUUAUAGCUUUAUACACUUUUCUUUAAAAGGACAUAUCUGUGGGGUGGGGGGAAAGGGCGGGGUUGUUCUGUAAGUGUAGUCAUAAUUUACAAGAUUAAAAUGGUAAUAAAGAUCAGGUUUUGUUCGGACAUACACUGCUAUAUUAAGGAUACAAGUAAUUUACCUCUCAACAGUUUUGUUGUACAUUUUUACCUCGUCUGUUUCGAUGAAAAAGUCGAGAUAUUAUUUUCGUUGCGUCGUCGUUAAUGUAACAUUGUCAUUGUGAUGCAAGAGCUUUAAUGAAGCCCGUUAUUCAAACAUUUUAAAAGGUAUCAUCACAAAAGUUUGCAUUUCUGCAAUUCGUGACAAGAUGCAGUUGCAAAACAAGGGAAAUGAUUCUGGAAAUAAUAGUUUUGGAGUUAUGUCCCUUUUUGAUUAAAAUUUUUUGCUAAAAUUGUUUAUUGAUAGUCUAUGUUGCUAACAGACGGGUGUUAAUGCCACAUGCGGUUGGUCCUCUUGUUUCUAGGUCAUAGACAUAAUAUGUAUAUAUAAUAUAAACUGUUUGGCCUUGGAUAAACUGGUAUUCAUGUAUUUGAUGUAUAUAUUUAUUAUUUUGAGAUAUCUUGACAUAGGUUUGUAUGUGUGUGAUAAUAAGUUUUAUAAGUGGAAUUAUGUAGAAAAUGUGUCAUUAAAGUGGUUAACUGGGAGUACUGAUGUACUUGUUAUCCAGGGCUAGAGUUUAACACUCGUAUACUUCGCAUUGUAAUAUUAGUAAUUGAAAUAUAAAUGAGGAGUUAUUUUAUAUCAACUGCAGAACAUAACCAUCUACGUAACUUAAAUAAUAAUGAUUUUUUAAAGUUUUUCUGAAACAGGUCUCUGUCUAACGAUCUGGUAAGCAUGAUAGGUAGAGCAUUGGGCUGUGAAAAGGGUGCUAAGGUUCGUUUCCUGGAUGGCGCAGGUCACUUUUGUAGUGAUUGAUAAUGAUAUCCUUUCUAUGGUCAUUCACACUGUACCUUUGCUCUGGCAAUCAAUUGUGAAAGUGAAAGCUCUAGUACUGGUUAACUGCUUGACUGCCUGCCCAGAAUUGAAGUGGUGGUGGAACUGUUGUCUGUGAAUUCAAGUGGCUUACUUCUGUGAUCCGGAAGAUAAAUUGCCGACACAAUUGCCACUGGGUCUGUCUCUGUCCCUUUAUGAUUGUUUUAGUUGUAAAUAAUAUAAAUUAGGGAGAUGCACAAGCCAAAUUAUAAAUUAAAAAAAAAAUUGUAUAGUCGCAUGCACAUGUCUGAAAAAAGAGAUAAGAGACUGUCUUAUGUUAUCUUGUCAUGUUGUCAUGUGUUUAAAUCCAAGAACUACUUAUUAACAUGUAUAUUCUAAAAAUAAAAUAACCCUUACACUGCUUUGGACAAAAAGUGAGCUGUCGUUGAUACUUGCGUAAAUCUGAAAUAAAUCUGGCCGUUGGGCUAAGGUGUUCAGUCUGACUAUUAUCUGUACUGACUGAAGCUCAGUUCUAUAGAUAUGUACUUUGCUCAUCCUCGUGUUAAAUACUUUUAUUGUAGAAAUUUAUUAAAAUCUAGGAAAUUCUUUACUGCAUUUGUCUAAUUUGAAUAAGGGACUGCACAAACUAUGUUCGGGAAGCUGAAAAAUACCUAUAAUGGGUCAAGUUGAUUUGGUCCGUCCAUAAAAACCUGCCAGUGUUUUUGUUUGUGCCAGUUUUUUGUUUGUUUUCUUAUGACACUCUGUAUUCAUGCUGUGUUUACCUAUAUAUAAAGUGUAGAGUUUAAAACAUAACAUAUCUUCUCUGUGUUUACUCAAAACAUGUUUAUUUUACAAUU